CGACGACAUCAAUUCUUUGAAAGAGAAUCUGUCGCCGUACAUACACAUUUCAACAUCGACUGCACAUCUUACUACCGCAUACUUACAAUAGCUGUUGUUUGCUGUCUCAUCUCGAACCCGUCCUCGACCUACAGACAAGCAGCCCCUGGCUUCGCUGCUAAACUUCUAUGCCGAGGCCGCUGUCAUUAAUGGUGUGUAAGCCUUGAUUACGAUCAGCCUGUCCACAACGACGCAAUAUACUCAUGGAUUCACGACAAUCUGGUAACUUUGAUGACCCUCCUGCCUCCGAAUCCUACCGCGAGACGGCAGACCGAAUCGUGCGAGAGAUCCUCAACAAUACUACGCAGUCCUCCGAUGAUAUCAGUCCUUCAGGGGAAUUAUACAGAGCAAUAGAGAGAUUUCAUCGAAGGAGAGGACAUCCACCUGGUCAAACUUCAAAUUCGAGUACCAUGUCGUCCGAUCCAGAUUCCGAGAGACGACAAAGGUGGCUUCGAAGAGAAGGCCAUGAAGCCUCGCCUUUGUUCGUCUUGCCAUCACAACCUACAGCCGCAGAACCAACUCCUCGCGAGAGAGCUGCGUCGAGACUCGCUGGUAUGAGUGCUAGGAGAGGCAGACCUCGUAUGUCAGUGAGUGAUAGAUACAUGGAGAGACAUCGGGCGAUAAUGGGAGAGAAUGCUUCGAGCAACGGCCUUGCGGAUCUUCAACAUGCGGGUCGGCAGCUCGAGCAGGCUAGCUCCAACCUUCGAGCUCUUUUGGAUGAUCCGGUACCAAACAUAUCGUCACCAACUCUUGAACCAGAAUACGGCACCGAAUCAGAGCGCAGAGUGAAGCGCAGGAAGAUCGAUUCCGACAGGUUGGACUCGGGGUUCAAGGGCUUCAGCUAUGGACGAUAUGGUCAAGUCGAGCCUGGAAAGCUCACCAUGGAAAUUGUUAGUUGUGAUGGAGGAAUAUUUCAGGAACAAGCUGGUCACUAUUCUGCUGAGAAUGUCUUGAGAAAUGAUUCGACGGUAUAUUGCACGAAAAGCAAUCGAUGUAAUCUGGUUCUACGACAUCAAGGAGCUACGGUGUUUUCUCUGAAAGAGUUGGUUAUCAAGGCUCCACAUUCUGGAUAUACUGCUCCCGUCCAAGAAGGAAUGGUGUUCAUUUCAAUGUCAUCUGAUGAUCUAUUGACUCGAACUGCCCAAUACCAAAUUCAAUAUUCACCACCGCGACCCCGACGAUCAGGAUCUCGAGAUCUUCCUCCGAUCAUGUCAAUCAGACAUAACGAUGACGGUACUAUGACAACAGCACAAGCUCGUGCGCGACGAUUAUACAACAUUGGUCUGGAAGAUGAGGAAUGCGACUAUCGUACUGCUCAGAUUCCACCUGAGUUUACAGAAAAUGCUCCUGCAUUCCAGGUCACGACAGAAUGCAGCGAUUCCGAAGGAGAUGGACCAACUCAUCCUUCUCGAUCUCGAUUACAUAGAGUCAUGGGUUUGCGAUUUGAGGACUCGGAUAGUAGUGACGAGGAACCUACUCCUGAGCAAACCAGUGCAUGGCAUGAAGAUUACAUACUCAAUAUGGGACGAUCACCACGGUUGAGACGACGAGAAACAGCGAGCAAUAUCACACUAGCUGAAGCGGAGGAGGCAUCCCAAAUUGCUACACAAGAAGCUGUCAGAGCUGUUGGUGGAGAACUCAUGGCACCUCACGCAAAGUUCUUCAUUGAGAGAGAUAAAAGCAAGUGUACAGUGCGAUUCGACCCACCAGUAACUGGGAGAUUUAUUCUUCUGAAGAUGUGGAGUCCUCACCACAGUGCAUCCAGCAACAUCGACAUUCAGAGUGUGGUAGCAAAGGGCUUUGCAGGACCUAGAUUCUUUCCAGCGAUAGAGAUGAGGUGAAGGAAUGCUCUGUCGGAAAUACUAUGACAGCGGGUUUUUGCAUGCGCAAUAUGCGGCGGAUAGCAUGUUAAUGUCUUUGUCAAAUACCACGAGUCUCGAACUUAUCGAGCACUCAAUGCAGGGAUUUCCAAAACACGCAUUUUGUGUUCACAAUAUUCCCAGAG